CACGUACCCGGAAGUACACUGAUUCCAUUGCUGUUGUAGUCACAAGUUCAGAGUCAACAGUCAUUGUUGGUGGUGGCUGCUGACAUGGCUUUUCUUUGCAGAAAUGCGACCUUGCUCCUAAAGUCGGGCCGAGCAGCGCCUGGUCUCUUGGCCGCCGCUCGCCUCUAUAGCUCGGGUGCACAGUAUGAGUACAUUAUGGUGGAGAAGCGAGGAGAGAACAAGAAUGUGGGUUUCAUCCAACUGAACCGACCUAAAGCUCUCAAUGCGCUGUGUGACGGCCUGAUGAGAGAGUUGGGUCAGGCCUUGGACGCGUUUGAGAGCGACGGAGACGUGGGCGCUAUCGUCCUCACGGGCAGCGACAGAGCAUUUGCAGCUGGAGCAGACAUAAAAGAAAUGCAAAAUCUGACCUUCCAGGAGUGUUACGGUGGUAACUUUCUGGCUCACUGGAACAGAGUGUCCACUGUGAAGAAGCCAGUAAUUGCUGCUGUUAAUGGGUUUGCUUUGGGCGGCGGCUGCGAGUUGGCCAUGAUGUGUGACAUCAUCUACGCUGGAGAGAAGGCCCAGUUUGGCCAACCAGAAAUCCUGCUGGGGACCAUCCCGGGGUCCGGGGGCACUCAGCGUCUGACCCGUGCAGUGGGCAAAUCUCUAGCCAUGGAGAUGGUGUUAACAGGAGACAGAAUUAGCGCUCAAGAAGCCAAACAGUCAGGUUUGGUGAGUAAAAUCUGUCCCGUGGACCAGCUGGUCUCCGAAGCGGUGAAAUGUGGCGAGAAAAUCGCUGCCAAUUCCAAACUGGUGUCUGCUAUGGCAAAGGAGGCGGUCAAUGCAGCCUUUGAAUUGACUCUGGCCGAGGGGAAUCGUUUGGAGAAGCGUUUAUUCCAUGCCACCUUUGCUACGGACGACCGCAAGGAGGGCAUGACCGCGUUUGUGGAGAAGAGGAAGGCCAGUUUUCAGGACAAGUGAUCACCUUGUUAAACUACGGAAAUCAGAAGCUUGAACACUUAAUAGGGCAAGGAACGUGCCUCAUAAGUAAGGAUGAGAAUCAUCUGACUUCUCCAAGCCUGUCAAUGAAGACAAAUAAUGCUCAUAAUAAAAUAAUCUUCCAAUAAUGUACUAUAUAAUUAGAUGUGUAGAUAUGAUGGACAUUUCUGAACAACUCACAAAACAAGUGCAGUCCAAAUCUAUUGACAUGAAUUUCAGUUGACUCCCAUUUUAUUAUCAUGUCAAUUAGGAUGUGAGUGCACAAGUGGCUUUUCACCAUUGAAUGUGGUCAAUAUUUGCAAUACAGUCUCAUUUCUGGUGGGUGACGUUCUGCCUUCUUUUUCUCCAGUCUGUAUGUUUUUGUGUACAUUUUACAAAUAAACCUUAAGAAUGAA